AUGUCUACCAGAAUACCAUUGUAUGUCUUGCAAGAUUACAUUAGAUCAACGCAGAACAUUCAUCUUUUGCAUCCAAGUAACCACCACUUAGCCGCGUACGGUGACUACAAUUAUUAUACAUUACUCGCCAGUAUAGCUAUUAGAUCGUCUGGCGAUAUCGACGUGGCGCGUAAGUGUUUCCAAUUACUCGACGCUCACAGGCAAGAUACUCAUCAGAGCAAGUUCAUAAGAUACGAUGAAGGUCUUUUGAGCUUUUUUAUAACCAUCUCCAAAUUGUGGCGCAAGAAUCAAGACAAUGACGAUAUCACAAAGCUUUUGGGAGAGGUUUUGACACAAGCUGACAUAAAUAUCCUAAACACGACGAACGUUAUUGCGAAUGCUGUUAUCAAGUUACUCAAAUCAUUCCCCAUUCAAUCCCGUUUCAAAUAUCUCCACAAAAUAGAAAAGAGGAUCUCGCUCGCGAUGACAAUAGACGGUCAGCUCCUUCCAGGUAUAACCUACAAUGAUACACCACAAUUUGAAGGUUUUAGUAUUUCCAUACUUUACUUCCUACCACGUAAAAUUUCACUACCGCUGCUCGAAAACAUAAAGCUUGGAAUAUUACGAACAAGUUACGCAACUGGCAUACCUUCAAGUCUCAAUAAGAAGCUGUCACCUUUGAUGGAAAUAGACAAAGAAUCAUACAUCAACGGAUACAAAAUCGCAAUAUUAGCUAGGGACAACAAUAAAACUCAUCUGAUUCAUGGCAAGGACUUAAAAAGCGACAAAUUUACAAGGGACAUCAUAAACAAUGUCAGAGAUCGAUGUAAAACAGCAUCAGAUAGAGAAUUACGAAGGAGGCUUGUUAGCAAGCUGCUGCUAUACUCGGCUCUAAGCAAUACGGAACUAUAUAACUCUCUGAAUUGGGCUUUGGGUCGCUUUGUUAACGAUGACCUGAUAAGGAGUGAACUACUUGCUGGAUAUAAUGGCUUUGAUUAUGGCAUGGUUGAUCAUUAUCUACACUUCUUUGACGAGCUAUCAGGCUUAGCAGCGAUUCAAGGUUUGGGACAAGAUGUUCCAGUAAAUAGGCAGCACGUUCGUGCAUCUAUACUUCAAGCUGCUGAUACUGGUAAUAAGCUACUGAAGAAAUACCUGGAAGUUGCAUCACACUCUUCAGAGAAGUUGUCUGAGUUCGCAGUCGAAGAAUACGACAAUCUAUCAAUGCUACUUCUUGGAGUACUCAAUAAAAGAUUUGAGCUUAUUGAAAGGCUGAGGAAGUUGCAAUACGGUAAGGAAGCCUUUGCAGAAUUUGUGGGCAAGCUACUUGAACCAAUUAAAAAGCUUUAUGGGGAAUGGCUAGUAAACAAACUCAGUGCUAAAAAAGGCUCUGCAAUUUACCAACCAGCCAAUCCUCCAAUCAUGCUUGUCCAACCGCACGACGUACUCCAACUUUACGAUUCACAAAUUGACAUCACUCAAGUGCUUCAUCUGCCACCAUCAAUACUUGGUGCAAUAGUAGCAUGUGAAUUCAUCGAUACAUUGGCUGAAUAUAUGCAAAAAAUCCGCGAUGAGCACCCUUCCAAUGCAAAUGAACCCACCAAAACCUGCUAUUAUUCCAAGAUACCAUUUGUCAUCUCAGUUCCAGAAACACGUAAACCACUUGGAAAGCGUUUGCGGCGCCUAUUUGAAGAUUAUACACCAUAUUUGUCAGCAAUUGCCCAGGAGGAAUUAAAAAAUGUUAACGGGUACCUGCUUCAGACUGAGUGGUUGAGAAGUGCUUUUGGAAUCAACUUUUGGUACAAAAUGCUGCAGAAAAUUGGUAAACGCGAGAGGACGACUGUGUUAACUAGUACAUUAAAGUCUCUUGCCGAUCAGAUGUCAAAUACUAAAGCCAAUGUUCUUGAUUACUUUUAUGCUGUCGUUGGUCUAGCAGCACCAGACCGUUGCUAUGACAUGACGGAGUUUCUCUGUUACUUACAUUCUUGCGAUACUAAAUUGUUUCUAGAGCAACUCGACAUUGAUGACAUUCUCAAUGAUACUGGAAUCUUUAUUGAAGCAACUAUUAAAGAGGAAUACAUAAACAUGUAUCAGGACAAUCAAUGGCCAACAAAUCCUUACCAAGUCGUCUCAAAAGUAUUUACGCUGCUUAAUUGUCAACCAUACAGGGCCGAAAGAUUAAGAUGCAACCGAAUCUCUAAAUGCCUGAGCACGAACUUUCAACAAAAGCUAGCUGAAUUGUCUACGCAUAGUCUCGCUUCUGCGGUGAAUGUCAAUAUCGAGAGUGACAAACUUGUUGCACAAGACGCUUACUCAAAUAGCAGUUGGUUCAUAGGCAUUAAUCUGUUGGCAGGCAGUCGAAACGGAGCUAAUCAGAUGCAUGUUCAAAGGAUAUUAACCAAGAUGAAAGAGAACCAGGCUAAUUAUACUAAACAACAAUGGUCGUCGAUGUUAAAGGAUUUAAUAACAGUCUUGACGCCGGUCGGACUUCAAGCUCAUGAUUCUAUAAUUGUCGAACUUAUCGCAAUUGCGAGAGAUUCGGAUCAAGUGCAAAGCCAGUUGAGAUUGUUCAAUGGUGGCUUAUUAAGCACUAUACCUGUCAGCAAAGCCAGACAUUUCGUAUUUAGAUUAUUUGACUUGAUCGGAAAGAAAGAGAUCCAUAAGCUAACUACUAUUAAGCUAAUAGCAAGUGGUAUGAUGGUUCAUGCGCAGUCAGUGAUGACAGUAAAAGAAGUCUGUGAGCAUUUGACAAGUAUAGCCGAUCAGGUUGAUCAUCCCAGCAUUCAAGGAUUCAUCGUAAAUCAGUUGCUGAGAAUGGUGAAUAAUGAUCUUCCAAUGAAAGUGAUAGAGAACACGUUGCGAUUAAACUUCAACACCAUUAUCAGCCAAAUGGAACUCUCCACUGAAAUGAUCUCAUUGAUCCGUGAUACGUCAGUCGACUUUUCAGACAUUCAUUUGAAAAAUAUCACAGACAAUUUAGAUCUAGAUGCAGGCAACAAACCUUUCGUAGAAGCAGUGUUUAUGAGGACGCCCGAAGAUAUCCCUAAUGGCUUCCGUCUAAAGUGGUUUCAUUCUUUAGAACGUUUCGCUAAUCGCUACAUGGUGCGAUUGGGUGUACUUGCUAUCGCUUUUGGAGACAGAGUAAAGCUGUCGCAUGCAGUCGCAUGCCGAAGCGUCCCAACGCUAUUCAAAAACUUUGCUAUUAGGUGGGAGAGUUUCUUCGAUAAGGACUCAACACUGCUGGAGGUGAUACUUCAAAGUUGCACGCGUCUUGUCUAUGCACUUGAUGAAGACUUAAAGUUGGGUUCUACUCAAAAUGGAGCAAUUAUCGACAGCUUAUUCAAUUACUCAAUUGAUUUUGAUCAGGAAGCUUUCAACUCAUUCACUUGUCUUCAUAGCUUAGAUAGGAAGUCAGACAAAUCUUCGAAUACUUUUACCUGGCAAGUUUUAGGCAUACUGGCGGCGCAUAUGAAGAAACUCGAGGUCUUGAGAGAACCUUUAAAGGCGCUAAAGCUAGCUCAAUUUGUCCAUGAGUGCCUUGAUCAUAUGGCUGCGACGCUCAUUGGUAGUUUGGAGGAAAUUAAGAAGAAGGUAUACAAAUCUGUUUUGUUUAACCAAAAGCUGGAUGGCGGUCUGUCAGAAGUUCAAGACCAUUUUCAAGAUGAAUAUGUCGAAAUUUUAGCUGAAUAUUACGCAAAGGUCUUUGACGAUUUAACUGCCAUCAAAGUCACAAACCAAGCUGUUGAGGCUGGAGUUUCAGAUAAAUCCAUUUACGCUUAUCUGAAACCAUAUACAGGAAGCGCGCUUGUGAAAGCACAUACAAAGGAAUUAUUGUCAAAUGACAAGUACAGGUAUGUUGCCUCUAGAUUACUUCUUCACAGAGUGUAA